CCUCAGAAGGUAAAGUUAAAGUUUACAUCUCAAGACAACACCACUCAGUCUCACACCCUCCCAGCACCAGAUUCAGUGAGAGAGGAUGAUGAUGAUGGAGGAGGAGGAGCAGCAGCAGCAGCUGGAGAGUCAAGGAGGCAACCUUAAAGCUGCUGAGAACAACCGGGAAGUUAGUGCAUAUGCAGUACAGUGCAGCAAGUGCACCAAAUGGAGGUUAAUUUCAACUUUAGAAGAGUACGAGGAUAUCAGAGAGGCCUCCUUACAGAACCCAUGGUCUUGCGGAAACAAAGAUGAUAAGUCUUGUGACGAUCCAUCUGACAUAGAUAUAGAUAGCACACGGAUAUGGGCUAUGGACAAACCUAACCUUCCAAAGUCACCAGCUGGUUUCGAAAGAGGUAUGACUAUAAGAAGAGAUUGCUCUAGACUUGAUGUAUAUUAUGAAACAUCAAAUGGAAAGAAACUCCGGUCUAUAACUGAAGUACAGAAAUUUCUUGAAGCAAAUCCAGGAUGCAAAGCUGCUGGAAUUACGAUUUCAGACUUCAGCUUUAGAGCUCCAAGGGUUUUGGAGAAUACAAUUCCUGGAGAUAUUGCUAGUAGUAAGAAGAAAACAAAGACAUCAAAUAUGGUGGUUGAUGAUUACAUUUAUGAUUACUAAGAGUGAAUUUUGGCAGGUAUCCAUGUUAUGUUCCUGCUGCAGUUAAGGUUUAGGUUUGUCAAAUGAGUCGGUGUGAAGUCAGAUUUCAGUUUGUAUAGCCAGUACAGGUGGGAGAUGGUGUAGUUUAGGGGUAAGUCUUCCAACUGUAGGGUGUGGGGUUUUUAUAAACCUGCGUUAUAUUAAAGAGGAUGGAUGUUUUUUCUUCUGAAACAACAGAAUUUUGGAAGAGAAGUACAAUGGUACUGACAAGUUUCAUGAUGAAAAUUCACACAGAAACCUUUCUUUUUCUUUACUUUUUCUUCUAUGUUUAAAUUUGUUCAUACGGCGCAUAUGUUCCAUCAAUUGCAAGAUCUGUCUACAUUGUUUGACCCGA